UAUUAUACUAUCCGUUUGUAGAGAGAGAAAAAGAACAGAUUCACUACAUUCGCAUUUUCGAUGGCGAGAGAGAGAGAGAAACACUAGUUGGAUUAAUGAUACAGGAUCACAACUCAAUAUCCUCUUUUAUUUCAAACGAAAUGUCAGACAUAUUUGCACACGUCCUAUGUCUUCCUCUGUGAUAACAAGCUGUGUUCAUAUUGCAUUUCAUAACCUAUAAUAACAUUUCACAUUUUUCUAUUUAAUUAUCAGUAUCAAAAGAAUACAGAAUGUCAUCCUCACAUACAACUGAAUUAACUGAGCAACUAGUUAAAGAUUACUCGAGUUAUGCAAAAGUAAACUGGGAUGACCAUAUGAAAAGUUUCCGUGAUAUUAUUGAGGAUACAUUGAUACGCUUAGAGGAGUUCCAGUCUAUUGUCACAAUGGUGGAGAAUGGGAACGCAGAAUGCAUGCAACAGCAUCUUCCAAAGUUACAGCACAUGAAGGAUGGCAUGGCAACUCUUCGCAAAAGGAUAGAUGCUCUGGAGCAUGUUGUUGCUAUGGCCAAUAUGAACUUAAACACAUUAGAAGCUGCCAUAGACAAAGCAGAAGCUGAGCUAGGUGUAUCGGACAGAUUAUUUGGCAUGCUGAAUCCUUUAUCAUUUUUUAAGAAAGUUCAAGAAUCUAUUGCCUCUGGUACCGUGCCAAUAUACAAAUCACCACCAAUUUACAGAUCUGAUGAUUAUUUCAAAAGAGAUUGAAAUAUAAGUCAGCAAAGAAGGCAUAGAUUAUAAUGUACCUGCUGUUAGACUCUUGGAAAAUUCUCUGUAAACCCCGAUAGAUUAGUUAUAUCUAGCUAUAUCUUUAAAGAAGAAAGGACAGAUAGAUAUUUAUGCUCACAUUUUGCACAUUUGUUAAACACUACAGUGAUUAGCAACAUUUAUUCAGUUAACAAUUUUUUAUUUUUUACUCACUCUUUUUUCAAUCAUCAGCUGAAUGAUAUCAUCUUGUUAGAUUUAUGAAUUGCAGAAAUAUUGCGAAACGAUCAUUCGGAUAUCUCACUGCAAUUCCUAAGUCAGGUCCUAAGUAAGGUCCUCUCAUAUUUCCUGUAUUACAUAAAACAAAGUCCCACGGACAAUUAAUAGUUUCUAGAGAUAAUAGCGUAUUUAUUUUCGACGACAAUAUUAUUACGAUUGUUAAGAUUACGCGUAAAAGCACUUUAACACGCGGCGGAGGUGCAGGUUUUUAAUUGAGCUUUCUUCUCUCCCAGGAAACAACUUCCUCCUAUGCAAUGCCUCCAUCUCAUAAUCGUCCCUAUUCCACAAGUGACGCUGCAUCCGGACCAGUUGCUCCACUGAUCCCAUAUCUUUGGUUCUCUGCCGUUCUUUCCUGCCGAAAUAACAUUGCGCUGGUCAGGUCAAUACGUAACUAUCAUCACUUGUUGUCACAUCAAAUAUUAGUGAUUGUAUAGUGUUUCCUUCUUGGAGAUACAUAAGAUGCAACUUUGUAUAUAAGAAGUAGAUUGAAAAGAUAAAACUUCAA